CCAUGGGGGAGCCAUCAGAGAAACUCUACACAGUUGAGAACCCAGAAACUCCUCAGAAGAGAGAUGAAGAGGACUCAUCGUCUGAUACAGAUGUCCUACAACCAGAAACACUAGUAAAGGUCAUGAAGAAGCUAACCCUGAAGCCCAGGGCCAAGAAGAAGAGGUCAGCAUGUCGUCGCCACCGCCGCCGCGAUCUACUUCACCGGAUUGGGAGGGUACCUGUGGAGAACAAAAGUGAACAAAUCUUGAGGGAAGUUCAAAAAGCCUUUCCCGAGAGAAGGGUCCGUACCUUGUUGUCGGUGCUGAAAGAUCCUGUGGCAAAGCGGAGACGAUUUAUUCGGAUUGAGCAGAGAGAAAAACGGCUUGAAGGCAAUGAGUUUAAAGGGAACACUGAACCAUUCAGAUGUCUCUGUACUUUCUGCCAUUACCAAGGAUGGGAUCCUUCUGAGAAUGCUAAAAUCGGGAAGAAUUAGGACCGUUUAAAUUGAACACUGUCCUUGCUGUUGAUGCCACACAACAAAUGUGAAAGCUAUCUUUUUGGUUUUUAAGAAUAAACAUUUCCUGGUGCUGGAAUCUUCUAACUUGUUAAACUUUAAAUUUUAUAUAUAGGAUGUGAUUGGAUUUGUGUGAAUGACUUAGAUUUACCCAAAGAAUGAGUCAAAGUGUUCUGUGAGCUUGAAAGUCUCAAGCCCAGGGCUGAGAAAUAAUGUAAAUAGAAUUUGGAGUGGUUUGGUUUAGAAAGCAAUUAGAAUAGAUCUUAGCAUUGUCUCCUUUGCAAAAAAUUGUAAUAAAGGCAUUUUUGUUAUUUUGA